AUGACGAACGUUGCACGCCUAUUACGAGUAUGGUCGCCACUGUUGGCUAAAAACAGAAAUAUUGUACAAGUCAGACCAUUAGAGACACAUAUGAGGUUGUUAAGCACUGACAUCCAACAACAACAGCAAGAUCUGUUGGUGAAGUACAUUGAUGCUGGCGAAGAGAGUGGCGAAGAUAUGGGACAGAUUGUGGUGUUUGCCAUGAACAGACCACACGUUAAAAAUGCACUUGGCGUAAAUUUAGUUAAAAUGUUGGUUGAAUCUCUCGAAAAAGUUAAAUACGACAAAAGCGUUCGCACUCUUAUCGUGAGUAGCAACGUCCCGGGAAUUUUCUGCGCAGGCGGAGACCUCAAGGAGAGAAAAGCAAUGCCUGUGAAUGAUGUUGGCCCUCUGGUGACCAGAGGAAGAAAGAUUGUUGGAGAGUUUGAAAAUCUUCCUAUGCCAGUCAUAGCCGCAUUGGAUGGAGGAGCAUACGGUGGUGGUCUGGAAAUAGCUCUUGCUUGCGAUUUUAGAAUUGCUUCUACGACCGCAAAAAUGGCUCUGACUGAAACUAAACUGGGGAUCAUCCCAGGUGGCGGAGGCACUCAGCGUCUUCCUCGAACUAUUGGGAAGGGUCUUGCCAAGGAAAUGAUAUUUACUGGAAAGGCAGUGGACGGAAACCAAGCAGAGAAAAUGGGUCUUGUGAAUUAUGCUGUUGAACAGAAUAAAGAUGGAACAGCUGCUUAUAUCAAGGCUAUAAAACUAGCAAAAGAAAUUUGUGCCAAUGGACCGAUUGGUGUAAAAAUGGCCAAAAUUGCGAUCAACAAGGGAACAGAGGUUGAUCUUCAGACAGGUCUUGCUAUAGAAGAAGCAUGCUAUGCUCAGGUUAUUCCAACUAAAGAUAGAAUGAUUGCACUGAAAGCCUUUUCCGAGAAGAGACGACCCAUAUUCACUGGUGAAUGA